AUGGUAACGAGCUCCUCUAGAGGGGUCGGUUUCUAUUCGAGAAAAGCAUGCAACAUGAAAAAAGUCGCAAAAAUCUGUCUCGACAAGUACGAUGGAGAUAUUCCCAGUACACUAGAGGAGUUGCUCGAGCUUCCCGGGAUCGGCCCUAAAAUGGCUCAUCUGGUCAUGAAUGUCGGGUGGAACAAUGUUCAAGGAAUAUGCAUAGACACUCACGUGCACCGUAUUUGCAAUCACCUUGGAUGGGCCAGUAGUAUCGCAGCUGGUUAUUCGCGCCCGGGCACUAAGCAGAGAACUUCAACGCCCGAGCAAACCAGAGAAUCUUUGCAGCUAUGGCUACCCAAGGAAGAAUGGGUUCCCAUCAAUCCUCUUCUGGUAGGUUUCGGGCAGACUGUGUGCACUCCUCUUAGACCGCGUUGUGGGAUAUGCAAGAUAAGUGAUUAUUGCCCGUCGGCCUUCAAAGAGACACCUAGCCCGUUGUCCACACCGACCAAAAAAUGGACAUUGAUGGAGUAG